UCCAAACCUGAAAUUUGCCUAUUUCGGAUUCUUCUAUCUGAUUACCUCUCCCGAAAACAGAGAAAAUGGGCACAGAGAAGAAGCACAGAAGAAGCUCGGAAACUUAUUCUUCGCAAGAAGAUGAAGUGAAAAGGAAACGGCAUAAAAGAGAAGAAGGCGAUGAAGAGGAAAGAAGAGGAAAGAAGAAAGGCAGUUCCAGAAAGGAGAAACCUCAUACGUCUUCAAAACACCGUUCUGGUAAAGAGAAGUCAAGAGAAAAGCAUAAGAGUAAAAGCCACAAGCAUAAGGAUUCUUCUAAGUUAAAAUUUGAAGAACUGUCAGAGGAUGACUAUUUCUUAAAGAACAAUGAAUUUGCAAGCUGGCUGAAGGAAAAGAAAAAUAUGUUUUUCAUGGACCUUUCAUCCGAGACUGCUCAUGAAUUAUUCAUGGACUUCGUCAAGGAAUGGAACAAAGGAAAGCUUGCAAGUGAAUACUAUGAGGGCAUACUGACCGGCCCCCGAUCAUCUCAUAACUGGAACAUCAAGUAGUACUCCAUGCAAUGCACAUUAGACUGGUGAGGAAGAGCAUGGCUUUUAAACUGAGUUUUUUACUGACGGUGGAGUUAUGCGUGGAAAUCUUGAAUAUACAUAGUAUAUAAAUGCAGCAGUGUACAUCAAAUAGGGCUUUCAUUAGAACCAAACCAGCCAAAUCCUUUGAUGGUUUGGGAUUGUCCACUUGAUUUUAUUAGUUUGUGAUUGUACACUUGAACCUUAGCAGAUGUCAAGACUGUGUAAAGUGGAAAAUUUCACGUCUUCCAAUCCACCAUUGUUUGGCACUUCGGCUACCCACCUCGGUUGUCCAUUUAAUUUCAUACUUGAGCUGUCAUAUUUUCGCAAUAAAUCAUAUACAAUUCGCGUAUUACAUGUCUAGUUUACUAAUUUAUUAAUGUAUAUGUAUUAAUG